CAACAUUAUGGAAAACGACUGAAAAUUGCUGAUAAAUCACUGUAUUCUGACCCGAAACCCUUAGCAACGAUGGCAGAAGACCCAAAGAACAUGGAUCUGGGAGAUUUUGAGUCUAAGGUUGAUCAGAUGGCGGCCAUGUUAAAUCAACUGCAAGAGGCUGGUCGCCAAGGUGAAGCAGUCAGCAAACUGAAGCAGUUGAUGAAUACAUUGGUGAAAGUGUGUCCAGAGACUGUCCCCCAUGUGGAUGGAUCAGGGGACCACACCCACAUGGGGGGAGAGGAGGAGCCGGAGGAGGAUGAGCUACAGGAUAACCCAAAAGCUAUUGCCCGCUCAAUAGUUGAGGAGUUGGUGGACCAGACACUAGCUGAGGAGGUCCCACGCAAAAGGUCAUCCAAAUCAAGGGCUUGUAAAAACCCUGCAGUUGAAAAGGCUGGAGUUAAACGACUUGUGAAAAAAAGAGGCAGAGGAAGACCUCCAAAGCAUGCUCAGGCAGCUGUUAGAGCAGAGAAAGCUGCACGACGCAGGGAGUUGUUGGAAAGUGGCAGUGGCAGCCUGGGCGGACCUGGGAGGAAAAGGAAGAACCCCAAUCCUCAGAAGAUUCCUGUUGAGGAUUCCGAUGAGGACACCAACUUUGCUGAGCCACAAGAUCAACAGGACAUCACGUUGGUUUGUGACAAGUGUACCAAGUUCAAUACAAAGAGCGUCUCCAAGUUCAUCCGCCACAUGCGGCUGCACGGUGAGGCCUUACUGAGCUGCUUGACCUGUCAGAAGGACAUGUACUGUCUGCAGGAACUUCAGCGGCACCAGUGCUCAAAAGCGUCCACCGUGAAAAGGAGACAAGCGUCUGCCUGUACCUGCGAUAUCUGCGACGAAACAUUCGUGAACAAGAGGAUGUACAAGGAGCACUUGAAGACUGCUCACAGCAUGUCGGGAACGCAGUGCGAAUCGGAGAGUCGUGCACAGCUUAAGUGCCAGUACUGUGACCGGACUUUUAGUCGCAAACUCUCUAUGUUUAUACACUACAAGGAACAUGCAGGAGACAAAUGGGUGUGCCAAACCUGUGGAGACUUCUGUGAGGACUUUGACGUCUACACCGCCCACAUGGCUCAACAUGCCAGGGACGCCAAGUUCAACUGUGACAAAUGUGGCUUGACUUUUCAGAGAAAGCAACAGUUUGAUCAGCACCUCUCGGCGCAUGCAAAAUACGACUGUGCCAGCUGCAAACGUAAUUUCUCCACAAAGAAAGAUUUACAACGUCAUGAGAGAAAUGAGCAUGGUGCUAAGGUGCCGUGGGAACACAAAUACCACGAGUGUGACAUUUGUGGGAAGAGCUAUCCCCGGCCUGGAAUGUUAGAGAUCCAUCGCAGGAUUCAUACAGGUGAAAAACCCUUGGAGUGUUCGGCCUGUAAGUUAUUUUUCCGCACCCCAAAGGCAUUGUCUAAACACAGACAGACGUACACGCACAUGCAGAGGAGUGGCAGCAUAGGCAAAGAGCGACGCUACCUGUGUUCCCUGUGUGGGAAGGCUUACUUCAGACGUCAGGCCCUGUUACGUCAUCAGAAGUACCACACUGGAGAGAAGCCGUUCAAGUGUCCGCACUGCGAAUAUCGGUGUCCAGAGGCUAACAACCUCAAGCGCCACAUGCUGCUUCAUUUCAGUUCCCAGCGGAGUUUCAUGUGUGAAAUAUGCGGCUCAUCCUUCCAUGCCAAGAAGACCCUUGAAAUGCAUCAUGUCUACAAGCACAGUGAGGAUAGGCAAUAUCCCUGUUCUGAAUGCAAUAUGUCGUUCAAGGCAGCAAAUGCGCUUAGACGCCAUUUGAGAAGCCACAGCACCGAUAAGCCUUAUGCCUGCUGGUGUGGAGCAUCGUUCAACCGGCAGUACAACCUGAGACGCCACAUGAAGUCCGUCCAUGGGAAUGAUGAAACCCUGCCGCCAGUACGUAAAGUGGCUGUGCUGGACACGCCACCAGAAGAACUGGCAGCAAAGGCUGAAGCGGAAAAAGAAAUGACGAAAGUCAAAGGGAAGAGAGGAAGGAGGACUAAGCCAUAUGGUAGCACGGUCUCCAGACCGGUACCCCCAGUGCAGCCUGUGCAGACGGUCAGUGUAGAGACUCACCCCCAGCACAUCGUGAUAGCAGCCCCACAGCCGCAGCCUGGACAGCUGGCUACAGAGAUGACAGACCAGGAAAUCCAGCAACAUGUGAUGGCCACGCUGCCGCGGGUGCUGGAUGACGCAUCCCUCAUCAACAGCCACCUGCAGCAUCAAGAGGUGCACAUCCAGCACAUCCAGCUGCAUGAGGUGCAUGUCCAGCACCCUCAAAUGGAGGCAGCUCCCCAGACCGCCCCCACCCACGUCAUUGUGUCAGCCCAGGACAGCCAUAACAUGACCGCCUCCCCCGUCAGUCGCCCUAUGAGCGUGCCUCACCCAGGCUAUAGCACCGGCACGGCCCAUCAGCAAUGGCAUCACAUGCCCAUAGUCAUGCAAUCACAGGUCAUCACCUCUCAGCACCUGCCCAUAGAGCAGGAACAACAACAACAACAGCAAGUCCAACAGAUACAGCAUGUAAGUCGUUCGGAGACACCAACCUCCCAGCACAGCUUGGUGACAGUGCCAGUGGCAACACGCCAGGUGCGCCAGGUCACCGGAGCGCACCUGGUACAGGAGCGCCCUAUGUCACACCCAUCUGCACAGGCGGUGCAGCACCAUCACACCCAGAUGACACCCGUUACCCAUGUGCAUCAUCCUCAUUCCCAGCAGCACCACACACAGCCCACCCAUCUCCAGGCCACCCAUCAUGUCACUUACCCAGAGGUGACCUAUCCUGAUGGGGAGACAACCAAACAGAUGGUGCUCAUCCCCAGCAUCGCCCCAGGCACAGAGGUGGUCAGUCCACAAGAGGAGCAAUUCUUGGCUAAAGCGGAGCAAGCGGCCAUUGAAAACAUGGCCCAAUAUCAGCCCGGCAGCACUGGUUACACAGGCCUGCCUAUACUGCUACAUCAAAUCAAUACGUCCAGUCAGUAACACAUUGUAUUAGCUUUUGUAUGGUGUUCGUAAAUACAGACAACUGAGUCAUGUAUGUAACAGGGCUUCCUGUACUGUAACACCUGAUGAACAUAUCCAGUCAGUAACACACCAUAUAGACCUUUGUGCAGUGUAGAUAAAAACACUGCAUAGUCCUUUCGUGCAGUGUUUGUACAUGUAUAUAACAGACCUGCUUAUGCUGCUACACCAGAUAAAUACAGCCAGUCAGCAAGACACCGUAUAGACUUUAGUGCAGUUUGUACAUACGGACAACAGAGAGGUGUAUAUAACAGACCUGCCUAUGCUGCUACACCAGAUAAAUACAUUCAGUCAGUCAGCCCCAUAUAGACUUUUGUGCAGUGGUUGUAAAAUAUAGACAAGUCACAACUGACGUGUAGCCCAUAAAAGGCCUUCUCAUACCGCCACACUUGAUCAGUGCAUCAAGCCAGUGAAAGAUGGUGUUUGUGACUAUAGACAACUGAGACAUGUAUAUAACAGGCCCCCCUAUACAAUGUACUGUUGCACCGGAUUGACGCAUCAAGUCAGUAACACGGUGUACAAUCUUUUGUGCAGUGUUUGUAAAUACAUGUAUAGAGAAUGAGACAUGUUCAUGACCGCUUACACUGCCACAUGCACACCAACAACUGUAUAUUGCAAGCAGAAUUCAUUAACACACUUAAGUUGUGUUGACAUUUAUAAUCCAUGUUUAUAAUUGUUUUAAAAAUACUUAUACAUAGUUAUGUAUCAAAUUCUACAAAUGAGCUUCAAAAUCUCUGGGUCCCUUGAAACUCCAGGUAGCAUGAAUUUGAAUACCAUGUAUGAUUAUCAAGCUUGGUCAAUAAUCUGAUUCUAAUAAUCUGCUGUUAUCAAUGAUGAAUUAUCAAUUCACGCAUACACAUACGUAGGCUACCAUUGUCACAUGCUCUCAAAUUGGUAUACGAUGAACUGCAAUAAUGUGUCCUUAAAUAUUUAUAUAUUUACAUAUAUCAUAUUAACAGGAAUUGUAGAUUAAAUGUACUGCAUAUGUUUUAUAUAAAAGGAAGAAUCAACUGACAAGAAGAUCUACAGUAUGAACUAUACUUCAUCUUUUAGAAGUGCUAUUCUGAUUGAACACUAAUAAA